CAGUCUUCAACAGCAGCAGCGGCAGUGUACAAACGACUGCAUCCUCAACAAUACCUUUCUCGAUUCCUCGCAAAGGGUUACAGACCGGAUGGGAGGAGACUGAACGAGUUCAGAGAAGCGAGUCUCAAUACUGGCUCCAUAUCCACAGCUGAUGGUUCUUCCCUCGUCCGACUCGGCUCAACGACCGUCGUUUGUGGUAUAAAAGCAGAGAUCGCUGAGCCAACAACUUCCUCACCAGAUAAAGGUUAUUUAAUAGUACCCAACGUUGACCUACCUGCUUUAUGCUCUCCGAGGUACAAACCUGGUCCUCCAAGUGAUGAAGCUCAAGUUUUGAGUGUGUGGUUAUACGAUUUAUUGAUCUCGUCUCACGUUGUUGACCUAUCCUCCCUCUGCAUAGUCCCCGGUAAAGCCGUAUGGGCGCUCUACAUCGACGUGGUGUGUAUCAACUACGACGGCAAUGCUUUCGAUGCUACCGUUCUUGCUGUCAUGGCAGCCUUGAGGAAUACCAAACUCCAUGGGGCCAGAUACAACGACGAAACAGGGAAGGUGAACUUGAUCAGGGGCGAGAAGUAUUCUCUGAAAUUAGGGAGAAUACCGCUGGCCGCAUCGUUCGGUAUCUUCAACGAAACCCACUUACUCCCCGAUCCGACCUCCUUCGAAUCUCCACAUCUAUCAACUACAAUCAGUAUAUGUCUAGAUGAAAGCAAU